AUGCAUUUCCCUCCAAGUAAUGCAGUUGAAAUCCACAGGCAUUCAAGUUGAAAGCCUGUGUACAUUAUGUGGGUCUCGAGUUUCGUCUGAUAAAGAAAUGAGAUUAUUUAUAAACCGUUUUUUUUAUGACACCGACACGAAAAAGUUGAAUUCUUGGUUUCGAGUUGGUUGUGAGAAGAUGGUGGGAAGUAUUGAGCCGAUGAAUCAAAAUUUGUACUCAAAUGGGACAAUUCAGAAUGGUACUUGUAUGGAAGAGAAGCUUGAUGAGUUACGGUGCUUUCUUGGUAAGGCUGUCGGUGAUCCAUUGAGGAUUGUUAGUGUUGGAGCAGGAGCUUGGGGCAGUGUUUUUGCUGCUUUGUUGCAAGAUAGUUAUGGGCAGUUCCGGGAGAAGGUCCAAGUCAGGAUUUGGAGAAGGCCUGGAAGAGCUCUUGAUAGAUCCACCGCAGAACAUCUCUUUGAAGUGAUCAAUUCUAGGGAGGAUGUAUUAAGGAGGUUGAUUCGACGUUGUGCCUAUCUCAAGUAUGUUGAGGCAAGACUUGGUGAUCGCACUCUUUAUGCAGAUGAGAUUUUGAAAGAUGGCUUUUGCUUGAACAUGAUAGACACACCUCUCUGUCCUUUGAAGGUUGUCACUAACUUGCAAGAGGCUGUUUGGGAUGCUGACAUUGUGGUGAAUGGGUUGCCUUCGACUGAAACACGUGAGGUGUUCGAAGAGAUAAGUCAUUAUUGGAAGGAGAGAAUUACUGUGCCGAUUAUCAUCUCUUUGGCAAAGGGUAUUGAAGCAGCACUUGAACCUGUUCCUCACAUUAUAACUCCUACACAGAUGAUUAACAGAGCAACUGGUGUACCAACAGAAAACAUACUUUAUCUUGGUGGACCAAACAUUGCCUCGGAGAUUUAUAACAAAGAAUACGCAAAUGCUCGAAUAUGUGGAGUUGAAAAGUGGAGGAAGCCGCUUGCAAAAUUUCUAAGGCAACCCCAUUUUGUUGUGUGGGACAAUAGUGACCUUGUCACUCAUGAAGUCAUGGGUGGUCUGAAGAAUGUCUAUGCCAUUGGAGCUGGAAUGGUUGCUGCCCUCACCAAAGAGAGUGCUACCAGCAAAUCUGUAUAUUUUGCCCAUUGUACAUCCGAGAUGAUAUUUAUUACUCAUUUAUUGGCGGAAGAACCUGAGAAGCUUGCAGGGCCUUUGCUGGCUGACACAUAUGUAACCUUGUUAAAAGGUCGUAAUGCCUGGUAUGGUCAAAUGUUAGCAAAGGGUGAACUAAGCCGGGAUAUGGGUGACAGCAUCAGUGGCAAAGGAAUGAUUCAGGGUGUCUCUGCAGUGAGAGCAUUCUAUGAACUUCUGAGUCAAUCAAUCUUAAGUGUCUUACAUCCUGAAGAAAAUAAGCCCGUUGCUCCAGUUGAACUUUGCCCCAUCUUAAAGACACUCUACAAAGUACUUAUAACGAGGGAGCAGUCAUCACAAGCUAUUCUGAAAGCACUGAGGGAUGAAACCUUAAAUGAUCCGCGAGAACGCAUCGAGAUUGCACAGAGCCAUGCUUUCUACAGGCCUUCACUUCUUAGUCAGCCCUGAGUACUUUGCAAUUGUUAAAAUAUUGAACACAGACAUACUUGUUUAGCAAUCAACUCUUUAUUUGUAUUAAAGAUACUAAAAGUGACUUAAUUUCAUGCUUGAAUCCUAAAAUACCCAUCCAAAAUGGGAAUUCUGACCAA